AUGUUCCCUCAGCUUGCUCUCGCCGUGAUCGCGCUCGUCGCAAGUGUGAUCUGCGCGCCUACAAAUCUCCACGAUAGACAGGCUCCAAGUGAUGUCCCAGACUACGUGAUGAAAUAUGCGCCAAUCCUCUUCCUCCACUCCACCGACCCAUACCUUCCCACCGACUUCCAACUCUUCCUCAACAACACAACCCCACGCGUAAACUUCGCCGCAGUCCCAGGUCCCUCAAAUCCCCUCACCCUCUCGAACCUAGACCAGGUCAGCGCAGACGCCUAUCUAACUUCCAACGACGACGUCACGAAGAACCCCAGCUGGAUAAAAGGCACCAAGCCCGACGCAUCAGGGAAAACAAACAACGCCAUAACUGCUUCCGUCAUCGUGAACGACAAGGGGAAUGGCGUCGUCGAUGCGUUUUACAUGUACUUCUACGCCUACAACUACGGCGGCGAAGUGCUAGGAUGGAAGGCUUUGAAUUUCGGCAACCACGUAGGCGACUGGGAACACACCAUGGUCCGCUUCACCAAUGGCCUGCCCACCGCAAUCUGGUACUCGCAACACGCCAACGGCGAAGCCUUCACGUACGCCGCCGUGGAGAAAAUCGGCCUCCGCCCUGUCGUCUACGUCGCCAGCGGCUCGCACGCAAACUACGCCAUCCCCGGCAUCCACUCGCAUGUAAUCCCGAACCUGAACUUGCCGGGUGGCGUAUUGCAGGACUACACGGACCGCGGCGUGAUGUGGGAUCCGCUGCUCGCGGCAUGGUUUUACAAGUACGAUGCGGGGACGAGUGCGUUUGAGGCGUUUGGUGGAGAGGCGCCGGUUGCGUGGCUGGGGUUCCGUGGGCAUUGGGGUGAUAUGGAGUAUCCGACGAGUGACAAGAGGCAGGUUAAGCUGUUUGGGCAGGCGAAGUUUGGGAGUGGGCCGACGGGGCCCGUGGAUAAACAACUUAAUCGCAGCAAGAUUUGUCCAGAGAAUGGGAUUUUGUGUAUUGUGAGGAGUAUAUUGGCUCCGUAG